AAAAAAAAUCUUUUUUUAUAAAAGCAUUUUUUUUAACGUUGAUAGUGAAUGGGUUGUUAACACGAGAUGCCUGCGUUACUGGAGCGGCGUUGGAGCUUCCUUGCAUCUUGGUGCGCAGCAUUGAAGGGGAAGCUCCGCUACGGCUGCGUGGCCAUCAAGGGGGGACUCUGGGACACCCAGAGGAGCACUCUCCACAUCACCCUCCGCCGAGAAGACACCGAGGGAGAUGUAACAUUCAACUUUCAGCGAAAGUUGAGGAAAACUCGCGAAGCAUUAGCUCUACUGGCAGCUGUGGAGCAUGCGGACUACACGGCUUGGAGACAUUUACUGACUGUUCAACGUGGAAUUGACGUGGGGAAAGAAGGCGAAGAGAAGUUCGAGGAUAGAAUUCCAGUAAGAUUUCUGUUAUGUGUUGACUUAAAAGAAGAAGACUCUAUUGAGUACGACUUGGUGAAAUUUUGUGGUGUCGAUCAGCGUAAUUCCAGUCAAGAAUUUUAUCAAACUUUGGCAAAAAUCACAGCUCUGGAUAAAAACAUUCAUCCUGAUCGAAGAGGAAUUGACAUCGAGAUUCCCGUACAAGUUUUCUUUUCUACAGAUCGAAUCAAACCAAUGGAAGUGUCAGCAUCAGAGCUUAUGGCUUAUGGGGAGGCUGUGAGAAUAAUAAGAGACGAGUGGAGACAAUAUGAGGAAGGAGCAGAAAAUCUUCCGAUAGCGCGUGGAUCGCUACGAUGCACUUUCGUACUGGAACCACUGGCUGUAGAUUUUCUUGGUAUGAUGAUGCACUCGGAAAUGAUUAAAACAGUGGAGAUUUUGCUUCAGAAUAAUAUUUGGUUCUCACAACUAAAGCGUUUGCGACUGGAAUUACAUCAGGAUUUGUGGGACAACGAGCUGGAAUCGAAAAAGGCAUUCGGUCAGCUUUUCACUGGACUAUUCGACAGUACUCGACGCACCAAUCUGUACAGUUCUAAACCAGAUUCUUUCCAGCUUGACCAACUCCAGUUGUUCUCUAUAUCUACCAUGGCAGCUUCAGAUUUCGUGGCACUUGCGUCGGCUCUGACUGUAAAUCAAACGGUCAGGAAACUAGAAAUCCAGUUGUCUCUCCAAGGUCAUGCACAGCUUACCACUCGCUAUUGGUGGACAUGUCUAGCGUACGGUCUUUUCUCGAAGCGAUCGCGUGGUUUUUCAUCGUUGGAGUCCGUCGACAUCAAAAUUCAUGGGAUUGCUACAACAGACAUGAAUGGAUUCAAUGACAUCGUGACAUCCGAACAUCCUGAAGAAGAAUUGCUUGGCUUUCCACAUGGAGCGAUAGAAGAGCGAGUUGCGACGUUGAAGGGCGGGUCUUCGAUGCGAUGGCAGUUUAACUAUCGUGGAGAACCAAAUCUAGACUCUGAUUUACUGUCAAUUCCGUCUCCAGUAUCUUUUGUUCGCACAUUUAGUGACGAUGGUGUGAGUGAAUGGGUUAACGUGGUGAUUCCUGGAUAUGGCCACUGCCAAGUCCAGCGUGAGAAUUUAGAGUUUUAUGAACCUAGUUCGGUUAACUCCGGUCCACGUCUUUCUACACUUAACCUUGAGAUUAUUGAACCCAGGAGUAUGGACGGGUUACCACUGUUGUUAGCUGCAAUUGGGGCGUCACUUAAAGUGCUGACACUUAAAGUACGAGUCUUGGAGCUGGAUGUUAACAGCAUACUUCGAAGCUGUCCAAACCUGGUAGAACUGUCACUGAGUACGGAUAUGAUGGAUAUACAGCUCGUUCUGGACCAAUCUCACGAGAUUCAGCAGUCUCUGUCUGAAUUUAGUUUGGAUUUGAACGACAUUACAUCGCUCUCAAGGAGCCUAAGUGACGGGAGUAACUCACUGUCCAAGUGUGUUCGUCGGUUGCGUGUUCGUCCAGCGAAUUGCUGGUUGGUUAGACCAGCGAAUCUCAGUACAUGUGAGGCUGAUGUGAAUACUUGUCUCGAUAUGUUGGCAAAGAACCAAUCACUGUCGUACUUUGAAGUCAUAGUUCCCGGUGAACUCAAGCAAUACAUGGGGAGUUUUAGACAAUUCCAUCUCCAGCCAACUCUCCACACGCUGAAUCUUCCGUUGGAAUCAAAACUUGCAUUCAUCAGUGCAGUGUACGCUCCCAUGAUUACAGCUCAAGCCGUAAAUAUUGCUGCACGAGAGAGAUCGUCGUUGCAUGAGCUGAGCCAGGAUAUGCUCUGCAAAAUAUUUGCCUGCGCAAUAUCCCCCAUUUCUCGCCAAGUCUUUUUUCAAUCCCAGCACGUGUUUUUCGGCUGAAUAUAAUAACACGGGUAUUUAGAAAAUCGUUCUUGUAUGCAAGAUGAAAACUGAAGCCCCCAUCUUCGAAGUGUGAUAGUCCCAAACGAUUAAUAUAUUUGCAGUUUUGGGGUGCACUAUCGAUA